AUGUUACAUCAGGCUCCGUCGAUAUAUCAGUCGCCAAAAUGCUUCGUCACGUACGGGACAAUGGGGCACGUUGAUCCGAAGCAGGUACCGAGUAGAGGAAAGCCUUGGACAGCCAUGUCUGAGCUCGACUUUAUUCACAAGGUUGAUUUGAUUGUUCCUCGGGAUAUACAUGAUAUCGUUGCCCAGAAGAUGGCUGAGCGCGAAUCGCCCUCCUAUUACAGAAUAGUCAUGACGCUUGGCCAAGUCCUGGAAACGCAAUUUCUUACUCAAUACAUCAAACUGGAGGGAAUUCUCAAUCUCUACCUCGAUAGGGAAACAUAUGAGCGCGCUGGACUCGAAGGAAAGCCUUACGGCAUCAAAGGUGACCGGGGAUCCAAGCCUAGGUGGAGGAUAUCAUAUAACCUCAGAGAAGAAUCAAUGUUACACGGAAGAAAGCGAUUCGACAGAUUGGUAUAUGCAUGCAAAAAUGUAUUAAACCAGCCCAUGAAAUGGCUUGUCUGCAACGCUUCUACGACGGUUCUGAAUCCAGGUCUAUUGGAGAGUCUCAAUGCAACGAAGGUGACAUCCUCGCCAAGGGUAGCUACAGACACCGGAGUCAACCAGAUAUCUCUCCGGAUGCCUUCCACAAUCCUGGCCCAAGGAGAUCGUGAGUCUUUGGAAUAUACUGCAACGGAAAUGUAUGAGUGGCUAUCACUUGUUCGCCUGGAAAGCCCUCGCAUAGUAGCCGGGGACACCAUUGAUCCUUAUCUCUCUCGAUAUAGCCCGCCGGAAGUCGACAGUGCCACAGCCCAAACGCAAGUCUGUAAGCUGAGUUGGCAAGGGCUCCUAUCCUCGCACUGGUUACGGGACCUAUUUGUUGACAUUGUCACCAAUUGCCCUUCGCAGUCUUGGUUUGCGCUUAGCGCUACAACCUUCUCCCGCAAUAUCCUUGGCGGAUGCAGCGAGUUGACCUUUCUUCGUCCACCCGAGAGCUCAGGCGAAUUCCUCAUGUGGGAGAUUAAGAGUCUAGAUUGA